AUGUAGUAGGCGGUUUCGGACGCAGCACAUUUUUACGCAGCUGUAGCGUUUGGUGGGUGGGAACUUCCUGAAAUCUGAUCGCACUGAGAGGGGAUGGGAGUGGGACACACAUAGGUUGAAUCCGUAUGAAUCCACUUGAAAGCAAAACUCAAAAAUGUCUGUAAACCUCUUGAAAAAUCCAGAUGGAGAUGAGGAUUUUGAGCACUGGGAGUUGACAAAGAAUGGUGGAGACAAAUGGCUUAUAGAAGAGACAUCAGGAAACUGUGGACACGACUUCAGUGAUAAAUCUGUCAUUAAAUAUUUCUGGACCUCAUUUGACCUGUGUCUAAAAAGACAAGUGAUUGAUCUGCUGGAAGAAGGUUAUGACCCUGAAACUUUAGAUAUUGUGCAGCCUGCGGUCACUGUAGAGGACUGGUACGGCAAUCGAACAGACUGUGGAUUUAUUUAUAAGCUUUCUGUGGCACUGCUCGAUGAAAACCAAGAGGUCAUUGCUGAAUUUAAGCCGGAUGAUGUGACUUUUAAACCUGAUACGAGUGACUGCUUUUGGAAACAGGUGGCACACACAUUUACAGAUUACGGUCCUGGUCUGCGCUUCAUCUCUUUUGAACAUGGUGGUAAAGACACUAGAUAUUGGAAAGGCUGGUUUGGUGUGAGAGUCACUGGAAGUUCUGUCACCAUAGACGUUUUCGUCAGUGUGGAACACAUCUAUACCGCCCCCUGCUGGGAAAAAGAAAACUCAAAAAUGUCUAAAAACCUCCUGAAAAAUCCAAAUGGAGAUGAGGAUUUUGAGCACUGGGAGGUGAUGGAGAACGGUGGAGACGAAUGGCGUAUAGAAGAGAUGUCAGGACAUGCCUUCAGUGAUGAUUCAGUGACUAAAUAUUUCUGCACAUCAUUUGAGCCGUGUCUAAAAAGACAAGUGAUUGAUCUGCUGGAAAAAGGUUACGACCCUGAAAAUUUAGAUAUUGUGCAGCCUGCGGUGACUGUGACAGACUGGUACUGCUGUCGACCAGACUGUGGGUGCAUUUAUAAGCUUUCUGUGGCACUGCUCGAUGAAAACCAAGAGGUCAUUGCUGAAUUUAGCCCAGAUGAUGUGACUUUAGACCCUGAUAUGGAUGACUGCUCUUGGAAACAGGUGACACACACAUUUACAGAAUAUGGUCCUGGUCUACGUUUCAUCUUUUUUGAACAUGGUGGUCAAGACACUAAAUAUUGGAAAGGCUGGUUUGGAGUCAGAGUCACUGGAAGUUCUGUCACCAUAGACGUUUAAAGACCAACACCAAUGAGAUUAAAUAUUACUGAUUGCUCAGCACUUUGCUUUUUAGAUGUAUUAAAUGCAUAUUCAAAUACAGAAACUUAUCUGUGAUUGAUAAAGAAAACGUGUGAAGGAUUAUUUGAAAAGAUGUUCUGCUAUCCAUAGAUCUUAAUGAAGAUGAAAAUGAAGUUUUUAUUGUUGUUUAUAUGUCUAUGUGGUGCUUUUAAUCAAUGUGUGUCAUAAAAAUAAAACAAUAUAAAUAA